AUGACCUCAACAUUGAUCCUCCUACUGAUACUGAAGCCCUCGAUUGUUUUCCCAGGGGAAAGAUUAUUGGUUCAAGAAGCAGAGUCCCAACCACCACACAAACUAGAUGAAAACAUGUGGAAGAACAGGGAACACAUUGAAGAAAUUAUUUUCUUGCUUCAGAGCUCUCAUUGGCCAAAAUCUCUUCAAAAACAGUCUACACCAGAAGAAAUUGAACUUGGUCAAGUUCUUAGACAACUAAAUGAUAAAUUUGAAGUUGCAUUAGAGCUUGUGGAAUCCUUCCAAACAAAAAACUUGUAA